CAAGUGAUUUAGUAGGUCAUGUUCAUGCCCAUAACUACUUUACUGUAUUUUUCACUUAACCUCAAGUAAGAAAAUGGUAUAUGAAAACUUCAUUUAGACAAAAUCUACUUUUCUUUGACCUAACAAGUGAACUUAAAAUGUUUUUAUAUUUCCACCACAAAUUUAUAUUUUGAUAUAUCGCUAGCUCUUCUAUAUAUAUAACCUACAACAUUGAAGUUGAUCCUAUCAACUCAAAAACACCCCCCAAAAGAUACUAAGAAAUGGAAAAAAGCCAAAGAUGUAACAAAGACACAAACACUAACAUUGGCUUUUGCCUUCUUCCUUCUGAACUCAUACAAAACAUUUUAUUCCAUCUUUGUAUACCUGAGAUCAUCCGAAUGAAACUACUCAAUAAGUACGUUUUAACAACUAUCUCUGACCGGAGUUUCAUCCGAGAACUCAACGAUGGAUCACAGAGAGACACGUGGAUUUUCGUCUACACCAGGCGUUGGCGCCGUGACAACGGUGUGCUUCACGGAUUCUCGGACCGAUCCGUACGGUGGUUCAAGAUUCCGGUGGCUGAAAUUCUCGCCGGGGAGAUUCGUCCCGGCGAAGAUUUAUAUUUACUAACAGCUAGCGGUAACUUCCUUCUAUUUGCCUCUAAUACUCAUAGUGGAAUCAUAGCCGUUGAUUUGGUGGGCAAGAUCGUUACAAGAAUCAGCUCAUGUCCGUUAGGUCCACGUGGAACUUCGUCUUGGAGACGAUCCGGUAUGAAGCUAGUGCCUGAUCCAUCAAGUCCUAGUCAUUUCCGGUUUAUGUUCGCUGAGAUGGUCAAUAACCGACCGGUUCUGUUUACUUAUCAUUCUAACACAGCCACGUGGCAUACUAAAGAAGCAGAGGAUACAACAAAUUGGGUUUAUAAGGAAAAUAGCAAUGUAUUAUUCUUAAGCUUAUCAAAUCGACCUCACGAGAGUACUGUGAUGAGCGUUGACGAUGAUGGUUCGAUGAUAAACCGGUUUCCGGCGAUUUUGCGGCCGAGGAUAAACCAAGACGCGAUCAGACAAUGCCCGUCGAGUGUCGGAUUCAGCAGGAACGACCUAGAGAGUCAAUUGUUGCAUAUACAUGGAGAUGAAUAUAAAGUGGUGAUUAGGUUAGACACAGUAGAUAAUUCAAAGAUGAAGAAAAUGAUGAAGAGGUUAGAGGUUUGGGAAAUAAGCUCAAAUGGUGAGAAAUGGGAGUUAGUGUCAAGAGCACCAAGUGAAGUGAUCAGCAACAAGCCUUGUGGUGUGAUGAUGGGAUGCUUAGAGAGGAGAGUAGGGGUGAUUAGAGUGGCUCUAAUGACGAAUCAUGAAGGUUUAUGGAAUAUAAUUUGGUUGGAUUAUGACAAGCAGAAGGAUAAGUGGGAGUGGGUUCCACUACCUGAUUGUAGAUUCUUGCAAGGCUCAAAUAUGGCCGGGAUUAGUUUCUCCUCUGGCCUCACCUUCUCUUUGUAAAGUUUUAAUAUUUAAAUGUCGGUAUCAAUCAUACGACCAUACAUAUAUAUAUAUAUAUAUAUAUAUAUUUUUUUUGGUUAUAUGAUUGUAGGGAUUAAUAAAUGAAUUUCACGGGGGACA